CAACGUCUGACUAGCCAUUGUUAAAAGUAGUUCUGCCUUCACGCGAGAACCCUAUCUGAAAACCUUAUAAAGUUUUUUGGAACGUUUAACAUCUGUAGCAAUCUGAGAGAAAAAGCGCUCAAGAAUCUUGUGUCUACCCAUUAGCGACAUUAUUUGUAGGCAUGUUUUACACUUUGAGCACCUUUUAGGUGCAUUUAGAGCAUAGAGUGCCUUUCUCUAAUUACGAAAUUUUGUAUUUUAACAAGUAUUCUCCGACACACUCAUUUUGACAUUUAAUCUUGGAUUCAUACCCAAUUCUGGGUACAAAACCAACGAGUCCUUACCAGCCUUAAUGAUCUUAGAAGCACUUUGAGCGCUGCUGGGUACUCAAAGCACGUUCAUUAUUGACCUCUCAUCCAAGUUGCUUCUUUGGAGAAAGCUACGAGAGCUACAGAUAUUUAUUACUUAACGCAUUGCUAAAUAACAGGUGACGGAGAGUGACUAGCUGACAAAACUAGGUAGAACACUCAUCUUAAGAGAACCCAAAGGGGGAGAUUUGUCCAAAGAGAAAAGCUGUUUCCCCCGACCCCUACCCCCACCCCCAAGAAUUUAUUCUGUUGUAUUUUGUUUUGCAAACAGACAAAAGGACCGGCAGAGCUCAGGAGGGUUUUGUGUUGCACCGAGGUUGGGGGCAAGAAUUUGAAAGGGAUCAGUGAAUCAGAUGUAAUGUGGACCCUGUUAAGCCACCCAAUCUCUCUUUUUUGCUGACGGUCAGUAUUCCAGUUAUAAAAAGCUGCAGAGGCAUUUCCGCCCACUCGAAAGAACUUUAUCCCUGUUUUUAUUCUGACAUACCUAUUAUGACUUUGUUCACUAAGCAGAAGGAAUUAUGGGAAAUGGAAAUUCAAUGGCAUGUUUUUAUUAAAGGGCUAUGUGUGUAUCUUCAUGGAGAAAUUAAAGAACCAAGCAGAAUCCUACAUUUUCCUUUCAGUGAAGUUUAGCAACUGCAACGGGAAAAGAAAAGUACAGUAUGAAAGCAGCGAACCAGCAGAUUUUAAGGUGGAUGCAGAUGGCAUGGUGUAUGCCGUGAGAAGCUUUCCCCUCUCCUCUGAGCACUCAAAGUUCCUGAUAUAUGCUCAAGACAAAGAGACUCAGGAAAAGUGGCAAGUGGCAGUAAAAUUGAGCCUCAAACCAACCUUAUCUGAGGAUUCAGUGAAGGAAUCACGAGAAAUUGAAGAAAUAGUAUUCCCAAGACAAUUGACUAAGCACAAUGGCUACCUACAAAGGCAGAAGAGAGACUGGGUUAUCCCUCCAAUCAACUUGCCAGAAAACUCCAGAGGGCCUUUUCCUCAAGAACUUGUCAGGAUCAGGUCCGAUAGAGAUAAAAACCUCUCUCUGCGGUACAGCGUAACUGGGCCGGGAGCCGACCAGCCUCCAACUGGUAUCUUCAUUAUCAACCCCAUCUCAGGUCAGCUGUCAGUGACCAAGCCUCUGGAUCGCGAGCUCAUAGCCCGGUUUCAUUUGAGGGCGCAUGCAGUGGAUAUUAAUGGAAACCAAGUGGAGAACCCGAUUGACAUUGUCAUCAAUGUUAUUGACAUGAAUGAUAACAGACCCGAGUUCUUACACCAGGUUUGGAAUGGGACGGUUCCUGAGGGAUCAAAGCCUGGAACAUAUGUGAUGACGGUCACUGCAAUUGAUGCUGACGAUCCAAAUGCCCUCAAUGGGAUGCUGAGGUACAGAAUCCUGUCCCAGGCACCAAGCAGCCCUUCGCCCAACAUGUUUACAAUCAACAACGAGACUGGGGACAUUAUCACAGUGGCAGCUGGACUAGACAGAGAGAAAGUGCAACAGUAUACGUUAAUAAUUCAAGCUACAGACAUGGAAGGCAAUCCCACAUAUGGCCUUUCAAACACAGCCACGGCUGUCAUCACGGUGACAGAUGUCAACGACAAUCCUCCGGAGUUUACUGCCAUGACAUUCUAUGGCGAAGUCCCUGAAAACAGGGUAGAUAUCAUAGUUGCUAAUCUAACUGUGACAGACAAGGAUCAGCCCCACACGCCAGCCUGGAACGCCGUCUACAGAAUCAGCGGCGGGGACCCCGCCGGGCGCUUUGCCAUUCAGACCGACGCCAACAGUAACGACGGCUUAGUCACCGUAGUAAAACCAAUCGACUUUGAAACAAAUAGGAUGUAUGUCCUUACUGUCGCUGCAGAAAAUCAAGUGCCAUUAGCCAAGGGUAUUCAGCACCCACCUCAGUCAACUGCAACUGUGUCUGUCACAGUUAUUGAUGUGAAUGAAAACCCUUAUUUUGCCCCAAAUCCUAAGAUCAUUCGCCAAGAGGAAGGUCUUCACGCCGGUACCAUGUUAACAACGUUCACUGCUCAGGACCCAGAUCGAUAUAUGCAGCAAAAUAUUAGAUACACAAAAUUAUCUGAUCCUGCCAACUGGCUAAAAAUAGAUCCUGUGAAUGGGCAGAUAACUACAAUUGCUGUUUUGGACAGAGAAUCUCCAAAUGUGAAAAAUAAUAUAUAUAACGCUACUUUCCUUGCUUCUGACAAUGGAAUCCCUCCUAUGAGUGGAACAGGAACGCUGCAGAUCUAUUUACUUGAUAUUAACGACAAUGCCCCUCAAGUGCUACCUCAAGAGGCAGAGACUUGCGAAACUCCGGACCCCAAUUCAAUUAACAUCACGGCACUUGACUAUGACAUUGAUCCAAACGCUGGACCAUUUGCUUUUGAUCUUCCUUUGUCUCCAGUGACUAUUAAGAGAAAUUGGACCAUCACUCGGCUUAAUGGUGAUUUUGCUCAGCUCAAUUUAAAGAUAAAAUUUCUUGAAGCCGGGAUAUAUGAAGUUCCAAUCAUAAUCACAGAUUCGGGUAAUCCUCCCAAGUCAAAUAUUUCCAUCCUUCGCGUGAAGGUUUGCCAGUGUGACUCCAACGGGGACUGCACAGAUGUGGAUAGAAUUGUGGGCGCAGGGCUGGGCACGGGCGCCAUCAUUGCAAUCCUGCUUUGCAUCAUCAUCCUGCUCAUCCUCGUUCUGAUGUUUGUAGUAUGGAUGAAACGUCGGGAUAAGGAACGCCAGGCCAAGCAACUUUUAAUUGAUCCAGAAGACGAUGUAAGAGAUAAUAUUUUAAAAUAUGAUGAAGAAGGUGGAGGAGAAGAAGACCAGGACUAUGAUUUGAGCCAGCUCCAGCAGCCUGAUACCGUGGAGCCAGAUGCCAUCAAGCCGGUCGGAAUCCGACGGUUGGAUGAGAGACCCAUCCAUGCUGAGCCCCAGUACCCGGUUCGAUCUGCAGCCCCGCACCCUGGGGACAUCGGUGACUUUAUUAAUGAGGGCCUUAAAGCUGCUGACAACGAUCCCACAGCUCCGCCGUAUGACUCCCUCUUAGUGUUUGACUAUGAAGGCAGUGGUUCCACGGCCGGGUCCUUGAGCUCCCUGAACUCCUCCAGUAGUGGAGGCGACCAGGAUUAUGACUACCUGAACGACUGGGGGCCCCGCUUCAAGAAACUCGCCGACAUGUACGGUGGAGGUGAUGACUGAACUUCAGGGUGAACUUCGCUUUUGGACAAGUACAAACAAUUUCAACUGAUAUUCCCAAAAAGCAUUCAGAAGCUAGGCUUGAACUUUGUAGUCUACUAGCACAGUGCUUGCUGGAGGCUGUGGCAGAGGCUGUAAACCAGUUUGGGCUCAGAGGGAAUAUCAGUGAUCCAAUACUGUUUGGAAAGACACUGAGCUCAGUUACACUUGAAUUUUACAGUACAGAAGCACUGGGAUUUUAUGUGCCUUUUUGUACCUUUUUCAGAUUGGAAUUAGUUUUAUGUUUAAGGCUUUAAUGGUACUGAUUUCUGAAACGAUAAGUAAAAGACAAAAUAUUUUGUGGUGGGAGCAGUAAGUUAAACCAUGAUAUGCUUCGACACGCUUUUGUUACAAUGCAUUUGCUUUUAUUAAAAAUACGGAAUUAAAGAGACAAAACCACUCAUGGAGCAAUUUUAUUAUCUUGGGGGAUGAGACCAUGAGAUUGGAAAAUGUACAUUACUUCUAGAUUUAGACUUUAGUUUUUUUUUUGUUUUUUUUUUUUCCACUAAAAUCUUAAAACUUAUGCAGCUGGUUGCAAAUAAAGGGAGUUUUCAUAUCACCAAUUUGUAGCAAAAUUGAAUUUUUUCAUAAACUAGAAUGUUAGACACAUUUUGGUCUUAAUCCAUGUACACUUUUUUAUUUACUGUAUUUUUUCCACUUCACUGUAAAAAUGGUAUGUGUACAUAAUGUUUUAUUGGCAUAGUCUAUGGAGAAGUGCAGAAACUUCAGAACACGUGUAUGUAUUAUUUGGACUGGAUUCAGGUUUUUUGCAUGUUUAUAUCUUUCGUUAUGGAUAAAGUAUUUACAAAACAGUGACAUUUGAUUCAGUUGUUGAGCUGUAGUUAGAAUACUCAAUUUUUAAUUUUUUUAUUUUUUUUAUUUUUUAUUUUCAUUUUUGUUUGGGGAGGGAGAAAAGUUCUUAGCACAAAUGUUUUACAUAAUUUGUACCAAAAAAAAAAAAAAAAGGAAACAUAAGAAACGAAA